AUGGCCAGGGGACGGCUGUGGAACAGACCAUCAACUGCUCUUAUGCAAGUUCAAGCUGAAACUGAAGAAAAUCAGAGCAAGACCCUGCCCUCCCCAGUAAAACUAUUAGCCUUUCCACCCCCAUGGGAUGAGAUUAAGCCAGCUGUGUCUGAAGAAGCUUUGUCUGAGUCAUUUCCUGGGGCAUCUCUUGAGGCAGAUGCCUUACAAGACAAUGCUGAAUGUUCUCAAAACUCAUACCUACCACCCAUUUUGGCUUCUAGACCUAUAACUAAACUUAAGUACCAGCAGGCCCCAAAAGGUAAAGUACAACAUCUGACCCAGGAGCGAGUAUGCUACAUUCCAAAAGAACUGCUUGAAUUUUCUAAUGUAUACAUAGAGAAAUCUGGGGAAUAUAUGUGGGAAUGGCUAUUAAGGGUGUGGGAUAAUAGUGCAAGUAACAUAAAGAUGCAUCGGCCUGAGUUUAUUGAUAUGAGCCCACUAAGCACAGAUUCUUCAUUCGAUGUUUCAGCCCGAGAGGUUAGGAAAGGACCUAAUAGUUUAUUUGGUUGGUUCACUGAAGCAUGGAAUAUGCAGUGGCCUACACUAAAUCAAGCUGAAGUAUCAGACCUGCCUUGGUAUACUGUAGAAGAGGGUAUCCAAAGCUUAGAAGAGUGGUGCACUGAUUUUGUGCUUAUUUUGGAAGAAGUACAACCAGAAUGCUCCUUAGAAGCAAGGAUGGUGAGACUGCGCCUUACUUACUUAGGACACGUUGUCAGGAGAGAUCAGCCCCUGGAGAAGGACAUCAUGCUUGAUAAUCAGAUUUCUUAUUUUCUCAACAGGAAACAAGAAGAUCGGAGUGCUGGAGCCAUGUUCAUCCUCUUGGGCUUCUCAGAAUACCCAGACCUCCAGAUGCCCCUCUUCAUGGUCUUCCUGUCCAUCUACAUGGUCACCGGUGUUGGGAAUCUGAGCAUGAUCUUAAUCAUCAGGAUCAACCCCAAACUCCACACCCCCAUGUACUUUUUCCUCAGCCACUUGUCAUUUGUUGAUUUCUGUUACUCUUCAGUAGUUACACCCAAACUGUUAGAAAACCUGGUUGUGGAAGACAGAACCAUCUCCUUCACAGGGUGCAUCACGCAGUUCUUCUUGGCUUGCAUAUUUGUGGUGACAGAGACAUUCAUGUUGGCAGUGAUGGCUUAUGACCGAUGUGUAGCAGUUUGUAACCCCUUGCUCCAUACAGUCACAAUGUCCCCAAAGCUUUGUUUCUUGUUGGUGGCUGCCUCCUACUCUUGGAGCAUAGUCUGUUCCUUGACAUUCACCUAUUUUCUGUUAACAUUAUCCUUUUGUGGGACUAAUUUCAUAAAUAACUUUGUCUGUGAGCAUGCUGCCAUUGUUGCUGUGUCCUGCUCUGACCCCUACAUUAGUCAGAAGGUCAUUUUAGUGUCAGCCACAUUCAAUGAAAUAAGCAGCCUUAUUAUCAUUCUUACUUCCUAUGUUUUCAUAUUCAUCACUAUCAUGAAGAUGCCUUCAACUGGGAGGCGGCACAAAGCCUCCUCCACCUGUGCCUCCCACCUAACUGCCAUUUCUAUCUUCCACGGAACCAUCCUUUUUCUCUACUGUGUGCGUAACUCCAAGGGCUCAUGGCUCAUGGUCAAGGUGGCCUCUGUGUUUUACACAGUGGUCAUCCCCAUGCUGAACCCCCUGAUCUACAGCCUCAGGAACAAAGAUGUGAAGGAGGCAGCUAGGAAGAUAGUGAAUACCAAGUUACCCUGUCACAAACUGUAA